GAACUGAUUCGAAGGCGAACGAUCUUUGACGAGAGGUUAGAAAGAAGGGGUAGCCAAUCGCGUGAGAGCGCUUCAACAUUUGCAGCCAAUCGCCGAGCGGAAGUUCAACAUUUUCAACAUUUGACCAAUCGUAGCACAAGAGAAUGUCGAGGGCGCCCUGCCUCCGCUACCGAACUCAUCCGAAGGCGAACGAUCUAUGACGAGAGGAAUGAAUGAAGGGGGAGUGUCAGAGGUCAGGAAGGACAAGAUGGCUACAAAAAGGUCACAUAAAGCCAUGUCGGACGCUGAAUGGGUUUCUCUUCUCAGAAAAUUUGCCAGCACAGGAGUCUAGCCAUCAGAUGGCAACAGGCCAGCUCCGAGGCAGAAGCAGUGGCACAAGAUUUAUCAAAAGGUUACAGAUAUUAAUUGAUUUCAGAUUGAAAAAUGUCCGAUGCAAUCCCGUGGCCAGUUGACCUUGCAUGGAGCGGUCCAAAAGUGCGCAUGUGGUUUUCACACUCAGAAGCAGCCCACUGCCUCUUCUGAACAAACACAGAGGGUCAGAGAACAACAGCCUGCUGCUGCAGCGGCACAGGAGCAGAGUGAACCCCAGCCUCAGGCCCGGCCGCAGCCUUCACCAUCAAGGAUAACUCCGAGUUUGUCAAUGUUUACCAAACCAAGGUUUAGCGGGUCUCACAUUGCUGCAGCGAAGCCAAAUUUGAGUGCGGCUAGAAGACCAUCUCGUGUGGAUGACCAACCCAGCGCAGCAGUGUCCAGUGCCCCGAAACCAAGCACCACUGUCUCUACGCAGGACCCUGGAGUUCCAGCCUCUGUCCCCAGAACCACUCCAGAUGUGACCGCUCCUGCAGAGUCAUGCAGUAUCGUCUCCACUGCUCCUUCUGGGGCAUCACUGCAAGCUCCGUCUGCAGUUCCGCUUCCUCGUUUGUGGUCUGAGACCUUACCACCAGAGGAUCACAGGUGGAUUGCCGGCAGGCUUUUUAGAAUGGGGUCCAAAGGAAAGCCAGAGCUCCGUGACAACCUUCAGCUCUGGUAUUACCCACCACAGCCAGCACUUACGUACAAUCAGGCUCCAGCUCCAGACAGAUUUUUCGCCCAUGCUCUUUUGCUGUGGAUGCCAUAUAAGCUGUGGAGGGUCAAGGUGCUCUGUCCCAAUCCUGCCUGUGGACAGCAUCAGCUUACAGGAGGCGGUCUGCACAAGAGGGCACGGCAGGUUCUGGACAUCGAUAGGAUGUACAACAUGGUCACAGAAACCCUCAUCUGUACCAAGUGCAAAGCCUCGCAUGUGUCCUGGAGUCAGACUGUCCUGCAACAGCUGGAUCUGGGCCAUUGCUCUGAGUUUCGGGUCAUCCUCACGCAGAAGUAUGCCUGUGAUCUGAGAGUCAUUAGAUUCCUGCGUGAGCGUGGCCUAGGCAACAGUCCUACACGGGUCAUCAAACAGCUGCAUGAGAACCACAGCGAGGAGUGGCUCAAGUGUCUGGCCCGGUACACCACCCAAUGUGUUGACUUCGUCAACCGCCCUGGAGUGUUGCCAAUAAAAUUCCAGGAGCCCCCAAAGCCUACAGUGGUGCCAAGCUGGAAGUGUCUUCUCACUGUUUACAGCCGAGACAUCCUGACAAGGCUGGAUGAAAUCCAUGCCAGGAUAACAUCCACUUACGGCACAGUGUUAAAGAUGGAUUCAACUAAAAAGAUCACCAAAAAGCUGGCAGGCACAGCCAGAGGAACGGGACUGUGGCUCACCUCUGUUGGCAACGAGUUUGGCCAGGUGCUCAUCAGUGUCUUAACAGCCCAGGAAGGAGCAGGACUGGACAAGAUGGUAGACGGUCUUGUGAAACGCUACCAGCAGGCCGGUGUGGAUCCACCUGCCGUGUUGUACGUUGACUGUGGGUGCUGCACUGAGGUGGGAGAGACCAAGCUGAAAGCUAGGUUCAGUGGAUGGCCGGAUCUCCUGAUAAGGCUGGACAUCUGGCAUUUUAUGCACAGGAUCGCCUUGGGAUGUACGACCGACGCCCAUCAGCUUUACCCCAUCUUCAUGUCACGACUGUCAGCGUGCAUCUUUGAAUGGGAUGGUGCUGAUGUUUCUCUGCUCCGCAAAGCCAAGAGAGAGCUGCUGAUGUCCCAGGGUUGGCCUGCGCUGACAGAUGAAGAUGUCGACAAACACCUUAAGAGGGAAGAGUUGGCUCUCCAUUGUCGGAGGAGGACCUGCGGGGAGGAGACUACCAUCCUUCUCCUUGAAAGGCUGCUUACAGAGCUCCUGAGCAGCCAAGGCAACGACUCCCUGGGUGUUCCUCUCCUGGACAGAGAAAGGAUGGAGCACAUCUGGAGUGUCCAGAAGAAGCAUGUGAAAUGCAUCCAAGAUCCCCCUGGUGUGGUGCUCUAUACAGAGAAGGGGACCUUAACCAAGGGUGGUGUGCUUCUGAGGACAUACAGAUGUGCCAGAGGCUCCACUUCUCUCGAGUCCUUUCACUUGCAUCUCAACCGUUUCAUCCCAGGGACCAGUGCCAACAGUCUGAACUUUCAGAUUUAUCUGCUGGAGGGGCUUCACAGGUGGAACCAGGACCGGGAGGCUGCUUCCUUGUCAUCUGAACCAUCAGCUUUGCGCAGCUACACAGGAGAACUCCUUCACUGUGCAAACUGCAAUUAUGAAAAGCUGUUUGGCAGGAAAGUGGUCCCCACGUUUUGUCCCCCUGCACGUUACACUGGUGAGCUCAUUAGAGUCCAGUAUUUGUUGCUUCAGAAUGGUCAGGCACUGCAGGAAAUGAACCCAGACUCUGAGCAGACAGCAGAGCUCCUUGAUGACCUCAAUGUGGAAGAGCGGGAGGAAGAUGAGGGCUUCUGUGACAUCAACGAGGAUCACACCUUAAGAGAUCUGGAUGUUGUUCUGUCACCACUGUCCACACUGACACUGGGUUCUUUCACCCCAGUCACAAGCAGUGCCACCUCUGUCCUGGGCUCCUCAACUCCUUCAUUGGUCCCUGACACCAGUGUUCUGGCACAUAGCCUCCCACAGUCUGCGUCCCCUGUCCCCUCUGAGCCUUCUGAUUUACCUGUCCACUUGGAGUUGGAAGAUGCAGGGCAGGAAGGCGAUGAAGAGACGGCUGUUGACUACCAAAAUGUGCCUGGUUUUCAACAUGUGGACAGGCUGGCGGAAUAUCUGGUGGAGCUCCGGGGUCACACAGUCCUCAGCCUGACCAACCAGGAAGCCAUCACCAUCAUUGGACUUUGGCAGAAGCUGGAUGACCGAGACAAGCAGAGGGUGGUGUAUGCAGCUCGGCACCAGGAGCGACUGCUGAGUGGGCGCUUCAGAACACCAAAGAGGCCCACUCACACCCCUGGAGUCGAGAGCACCACCAGAUGUGUGCCGGGUGCAGGCAGCGUACCCGCUCAGUGGCCUGACUGCUGCCGUCUGGUGGAGACCAUCUUCAUCAGGCUUUGCACAAUUCACCGUAGCCCCAAGAAAAAAGGAAAGGGAAGCCUGUCGAGAUGGUCUCUGAUCCUCCAAGACUAUCGGAGGAUAGGGCAGCUUGUGCUUGGAAACAGCAUGGUAAUGGAGGGAACAUCCAUGCAGCUGGUGGAGGUAAACCAAAACACCCUGAUUCAGUGGCACAACAACAGACAGAGAGAGCAGGAACUGCUUGAACCUGAAGAGGCUCCUGAAGCUCAGGAGCCUCUUCAGGGUGCUAAACAGCUACGGACUGAGCCACAUCAGCCAGCGGAGCAGCACCAGUACAAGCUACCCGAGAGCACGGCAGGCCAAGCAAAGCAGAGGCAGACUUCUGUUGGGCGACCCCCUCUCAGGCCCAAAGCACCGGUUCCAAACCAACCGUUGGUUACACCAUCAGUAUCUGAAGCAUCACUGCAGAUGGUGACCAAUGUUCUUGUGCCAGCAGCAGCAGGUUUCCAGAGUGUGCCCAUGUUCCAGUAUGUGCCAGUGGUCCAAGGCAUGCUGAUGGUGCAGGGAAUGCCAUCACAGGUCACCGCCUCACAGCCUGCUGCACCCGCUGCCAAUCCAGGUGCCAUACCCAAGAGACCCUACAGAAGAACUGUGGAGGCCAACACAUGCAAGAAGUGUGGCCAAUUUAAAACAAGUGAAACAGGUCAUAGUCAGUAUAGGGGCAGGGUGUACUGCCCACACACUGAGACUGUUUCAAAAGAGGUAUGGUUGGAGGAAAUGAGAAGAACCAUCUCCAAAUAAUGUGCAAAUAUAAUGUAUAUAGUUUUAUGUAUGUAUAUAGUGUUGUUUGAACAAGUUGUUCAUUGUUAAUAGUAGUUUGUAGUUAUUUUGCUUUUAUUUGUUUUUAAAAGGCGUUA